UGGGCUAUUGCUGAUUCACGGUCAUAAGAUUUUUAUUGUAAUUUUGGAGCAUUUAUAACACAGUCUUCAUUAGCCAGAGAACUUACAUCCAUCUGUGACUUGCUCAGAAAGUAUGCUUUUGUGAGUAUUAAACACUGACUUCAAUAACAGCUCAGGAUCAUCUUCAUCAAUUCUAUCAAAGUUCCAUCAAAAUCUUCAAUCUUAUUUCCAAGCAACAAACGCUGGAGAAAAAGAAAACAUGAGCAAGACUUUGUGGUACUCGUUUGCCAUCCUUCUCUGCUCUGCCUUGGCUGAAGCUCUUACCUGCAUCAAGUGCAAAAAUUUUAAACUGGCUGUUUCAAGAUGUAUCAAUAAGGAACCAUCAAGAACGUGUAUCGCCAAACAGAAUCAACCAUGUCAAAUUAUCAAAUAUUAUGAAGGUGAAGAAAUGAAAAGCGUGUUUUUUCAAGGGUGCCGUAGACGGGACAUGCCAUGUAAUACGACUGGUUCAAUAACAGAAGGGACAAUGUUUGAAAGCAUCUGUUGUGACCAUGAAGACCUCUGCAACACACCAUAAAAAAAGCAGUCCCUGGUGUUCCGACAUCACCGUCAGUUCAGCACAUAUUUUUCUUCACUACUUUCAAUUGUUUUUUCUUUUUCUUUCCCCAAGCUUCUAAAGGUACUUUUGUAGAAAAAGGAUCUGAUUAGUCCAUUGUUUUAAAGAUGUGAGGGCUUGUUUUGGGAUAUGGUUGUAGUCUUGUAGACAUUUUUCUGGUUCCGGUAAAGAAGCAUGAAUUGCAAGAGGUACAAUCCUUCAGUCUGUGCUAGUUCAUUCUUCUAAACACUGGCUCUCCUCUUUUAUCAGGAAAAUGGGUAUGUGUAUGUAUGUGUGUGUGUGUGUGUGUGUGUAUACACACACCCAGAUUAUCUCUCUCAUUCUGCCUCUCUCUCUCUCUAUCCACACACACAUACACACAUAUUAAAUUAAAUAAAAUUGUGGAACUAAUGUCAAAAUAUGUCCCAUUUCCAGCAACCAACUAUUCAAGGUAGAUUUCCCUAUGAAUAUUAAGUCCUGACACAUGCAAAUCAGAAAUGUCUGUUUAUCCGCCUGUCUGUCAUUUAAUGACUCCAAUAAACACUUGACUAAGAGGGCCAA